AUGCUGUGAUAGCUGGGAUAUUUGUACUAAUGUCCAUAUUUGUUCUCACGGCACAGACACACCCAUUCUUUCAACGAAAGCUAAACAUGGAGGAAUGGCAGGAUUACCUUGACGACGAAUUUCAACCGGAAGACAUGGAUGCGUUUUACGACGACGGAUUAUAUUACUAUGACACGAUAGCAGCUGACAUCCCGCAAUCACAAAAUAAAACUAGAUUCCCUCGACCUUUCACUACCGUUCAAUAUUUGGUCAUAAUGGAUUACGUGACGACGGCCUUCUUUACAUUAGACUUAAUGAUGAGAUUUCUUGUAUGUCCAUAUAAACUGAAAUUCAUAUUUGAUUUCUUCAACUUGAUGGAUCUGAUUGCGUUGGUGGCAGUUUUUGUUCACGUGACCAUUGAAGGGAUUCUAACAAAAGAACGGUACCGGGCAAGUCUUUUGGACCUAGUGCUUGCAUUCCAAGUACUUCGUAUCCUCCGUUUUCUCAGAAUGAUAAAAAGAGUUCGUGGUUUUCGAGUGUUGGUCUAUGCCAUGCGCGUGGGAUUUCGAGAACUAAUGACCGUCGCCAUGUUUGUGUUCCUGGCUGUCAUAUCGUUUGGGUGUAUAAUCUAUUUCUUGGAUGGCAAAACUCGAAUCAAACAUAUCCCAGAUGGCAUUUACUGGGCCCUAAUCACAGUCACAACGGUCGGGUAUGGGGAUAUUGUUCCGGGAACACCCCAGGGCAAGCUUGUUGCAUGUUGUUGUGCGCUACUUGGCGUUUUGCUGACAGCUGUAACUGUUCCUGUUUUUGUGAAUAAUUUUGUUCUGUAUUAUUCUCAUGCCAGUGUGUUGAGUUUACAAGAAGAUAUAAAAAAGAACCCACGGCUUCAUCCAAGUCACGUGCAACCAAACGUACGCGUCAUCACUAUACCAUCACUAUCCAACAAAAAGACAGCGUGUAAUAAGACAUGUCCAGUGACAGAUUAGCGGAUUAUGAACCGGCCUUGACCUUAGACCACACAGUGUAUGCGUCAUGGCCUGAACUAUUUCCAUAUAUCAAUGUCUUAAAAAGCUGGGGUUAGUCUUAUCCAUUUCUCCGCUUUUUGUUCGUAAUUCUUGCCUAAUGCUUUUGAUGUCAUCUUCCCGGCGUCAAGGUAACCAAGUGCAACAUUGUAUUUUGAGCCGUUUAUUAUGUUGACCAAAGAGUAGUUAAAAGAUGCCCCCAUGGUGUCAUCUCUGUGUUGGUGCUGAUUCAAAUUCUAUUGCGCACAAUCGAGCUUUCUAAUUAAAACAGCUCAACUUCCGUUUCGUUUAAUCUAGCGUGAUUUGGAAAUAACUGCAGCUGUAAUUAAACCAUCGAUUUUUACAUCAAAAUCCCCUGAACAUAGGCCUACAACACAUUGUAAAAGUCAGAUGUGUGUCUACCUCUCAACCUAAAUUAGUCGUAUCUCAACAUUUGUCUCUACCUCUCGACCUUAGAUUUUAAAUGUCCACAAUUCAAAAGAAAUCAACAUAGUAAAUUUAAAUAAAUUGACUCUUUAUUUAAUCUUUAAGAGGAAUUUCAGUCCAAAAAUGGCUAGAUUCCGUUCAGUAUUUAUAAAGAUAUGUGGAAUUGACAUUUCAUUAGCCCAUGCUGCUCGACAGGAACAAGACGUCGCCAUCUUUAGUCGGUAGCGGAGAAACAUGAAGGGCCUAUUUUAAAUCCGAUUGAAUUCAAGCUUGGAGAUUAUCUAGCGAUGGUAUUUUUGUUUUCUUUAUCAAAUGUUAAAAAAAUCCAUCUGAGUACAUAUUAGCGUGAAUUAAGCCGUAAAAAAGUUGAUAUUUUAGCGGAAAUGAAAAUGGCGCAUCGGAACUUGAACCCAAUUGAAACUUUAUUUAAAUGCAUCCUUCAUUUAACCCAAAAUAUCCUUUUAUUUAGCCCAAAUGGACACUUGUAGACGUCUACAUGUGAUUUUAAUAGCUGAUUAGAAAUCGAUACGUGGCUCUAAAACGUAGACUGACUGCCACUAUUUGCUUCGCUUGAGUUAUUCUCAAAGUGUGAUAGUCCCCAUGGAUGCAGAAUGACCAGAAAUCGAUACAUCGCCUUGUAACACUUUUAUUAUAAUCGAGGGAAUUGGAUGACCGAAUGGUUAGCGCGUGCACGUUGUGUAUCAUAAGGUCUGUCAUUGAGUCAACUGCGUGGUUUCGAUUCCCCUGUUGUACGUAACAAGGAGUAGAGUCGCCUGUCCAACCUCGUGAGUUUUCUCCGGAUCUUCCGGGUAUCCCCCACUGCUAAAGACCCCUACGCCAGCAAAUUAUUGAAAUAAAACUGAACUUUAUGUUAGACCCGAAAUGAACUAUUUUGUGUCGAGUGGACGUUAAACCCCAUUUCUCGCUCUCUUCAUUAUUAUCGAAUGUUUUUGUUUUUUUUUGGUUUUUUUAUUUCGCCAAAGAACUGUAAACAAACAAAACUUCUUUUAGGAUGUAUGUUUUUAAUAUUUACAUAGAUAUUUUUUAAUAUGUCAUAUCCGUUCCGUGU